AUGUUGCUCCUUUUCUUGAUCGGGUGCGUUGCUGCCAACCCUGUCAACAAUCCGGAACCCGUACCAGUUCAGGGUAGCAAUGCGUAUUCAUAUGCUUACGCUGUCGACUUUUCCGUGCCAGCUCCAGCCUCGACUUUCAGUUGUCUUAGAUCAUCUAAUUAUAGGACUGUAUUUGUACGGGUUUAUGAUCCCCGCGGAGAUGGCCAAUUCGAUACGGCAUCCAUCUCGAAUAUUCGACAAGCCGCUUCAGCACGUCUCGGCGUGGAAGUGUACAUGACGCCACAAAUUCCGAUCUCGUAA